AGGAGGAGAGACUGACGGGCUGGCAGGAAUUCCUCCGCUCUUCUCAUAUUUCUUGACAUCGCGGAUCUUUAUUUCUCCUCCACUCCGUCCGGACGUCCUUCCGAGCAGGGUUCAGAGCCGCUUUCGGGGGAAAAAAAAAAAGGUAAAAAGAUGUUGCGAAGUGUCGCCGCGAUCCUGCUGCUGGCCGCGGCUCUCUGCCGAGCGCAGGAGCCGCAGAGCAAGAGCAAAGUGUGUGCCAAUGUGUUCUGCGGGGCCGGCAGAGAGUGCGCCGUCACCGAGAAGGGGGAGCCCAGCUGUCUGUGCAUAGAGAGCUGCAAGCCCCACAAGAGGUCAGUGUGUGGCAGCAAUGGCAAAACCUACAGGAACCACUGCGAGCUCCACAGAGAUGCCUGCCUGACCGGCUUGAAGAUCCAGGUGGCUCACGAUGGACACUGCCACGAGAAGAAGACGGAGCAGGCUGCUGCCAGCCCCGUGGUGUGCUACGCCGCCGACCGCAACGAGCUGCGGAGCCGCGUGAUCCAGUGGCUGCAGACCGAGAUCGUCCCGGACGGCUGGUUCGUGAAGGGCUCCAACUUCUCCGACAUCCUCCUCAAGUACUUCAAGACGUAUGACAGCGGCGACUCUCAGCUGGACUCGGCAGAGCUGCUGAAGUUCAUCCAGCACAACGACUCGGUGGUGGAGCUGGAGUCCUACGCAGACCAGGAGAGCAACAAGCUGCUCAGGAGUUUGUGCGUCGAUGCCCUGAUCGAGCUCUCUGACGAGAACGCCGACUGGAAGCUGAGCUUUGACGAGUUCCUCAACUGCCUGAAGCCCGGCUUCAACCCUCCAGAGAAGAAAUGCGCCCUGGAGGAUGAGACCUACGAGGAUGGAGCCGAGACCCAGGUGGAGUGCAACCGCUGCGUGUGCGCGUGCGGCAACUGGGUGUGCACCGCCAUGACCUGCACCGACAAACAGGCGACAGCCGAUGAGUCGGCGGACGCCGGAGCCGAGAUGACCGAGGAGGAGUGGAACCUGCGCGUGGCCGAGCUCAACAAGCACCAGGAGACAGUUGAGAAGAUGAAGAGCAGCACGAAGGAGGCCUGAAGAGGGACGCAGAGAAGGAGAGGAUGCAUGCCGUCACCCUUCCUCCAUACUUGAUUUGCCUUUUUGGCUGUGUGUGUGUCAUCAAACUGACUUUUUCAUGUUUCUCCAGUAUGUUAAUUAUUCUACAUUUUUACAGUGUUUCGGCGUUUGUGUUGAUGUUUGUUUAGAUUUCAGGGGCAACCAAUGCAUAUAUUUGGAUUCCCUUGUGCUCAGUACUGUCAUGUUUGAUUGUAUUACUUUGCCUCCACACUAGCACCGGGGCUAUUUUUACUACAAUUCUUAUAUUUUUACAAGUAUGGGAGAAAAAAAAAAAUAAACAAGUUGGGUUGUUACUGUUUGGAGGUUUGGCGCUUUGACGUAUUGAGAGAGCUGACUGCUUGACACCUGGUGCUGCGUGUUCCUUCAUCCGCCCUCGGUUGCAGACGGUUGAAGCAGAAGUUGGGAUGAAAGAGUAAAACUACUCCUGCUCAUAGGUUUCCUGUCAUUUAGUACUGCCACAGUUGGCCAAUACUUGACCAUUGCACUUCUCUUUCUUUCUCUUGAGCUUCAUUAGGUUUUAGAUCAUCACAAGGCUGAACUUUAUUUGUAUUGUACUGCUAAGUAAUUAUUUUAUGUCUGUGUACAGUGUGUUAUUGGCUUGAGUUGAAAUUCUUUUUUGCUCCCAUGUUAUUUUCAGGCAAGUCUCUCUGGUGCUUUUUUUUUGGUUUGACGUCCCACCGGUGCGAGACCUGAUCUGACCGCAUAGCGUGGCGGAAAUUAAAAACCAAAGUCUUGUUGAAGUGUUUGAACGAUGUACAAACUUCUCCGGGUAAAACAUUACUCUGGACCCAGCAACAACACUAUACCUGUGCUUUCAGAAUCACUCUAACAGAAGGACGAGCCUCACUGUCCGCUGAAGUAGCUUAGACGCAUCAAUAACCGGGUGCAAGUAAAGCGUGUGUGCGUCUGUGUGUGUGUGUGUGUGUGUGUCGGUGUGAAUGUUGCUAAUAGAAUACAAAUGCUGAGUGUAGCUGGUUUUUGUUAAAUGUGUUAUUUUUUAUCUAAAUUGGGAUAAAACUCAGUGCCUUAAACCUGCAAGCUAUAGAGGCGUCUCUCUCCUUUGCCUGCACGUGGGCUGUUCCCGCCGCGUCGCGUGAUGAGAACGAGCGCACUUUGCUAAAGUUUAGCAGUAUUGUAAUGUUUCGUGACUCCAUCCCUGAUAAAUGUCUGUGUGAAAGUUACAUUACGAAGAUCAUGCUAAAACUUUAUACUCCACCUAAAUACUUAAAGAGUGCAGAGACUGUAAGGAAAUGUACGUAUGUAUGAAAAUAAAGCCCAUACACCACUA